AGCGUCCGUCCAUCGCACAGACGUGGCCAAUCCCUUUCUUGCUCAUAACCAAGGCUCGAGCACUCGGCGUGUUGUGAUGGUCACCUGUGCCCGCCCAGGUCACAUUUCUGCUUCCUUCAGCGCUGGACGCGUCAGCCAGACCUCCGUCCUGGUGACCGCUGUGAUGGGAGUCAGCACAGGCUGUAGGGGGCACACGUAGGUCAGUGUCCAAUGUCACCGAGCACCGCUGUGUCCCAGGCCCGCGUCCUCCUCUUGUGGAGGGUGGGGUCGCCCGCGGCUUCUGUGGGAGCCUGCCCGCCCACUGCCCAUGUCCUUGGGCUUGUUCGAGACCAGGGUGGGUGCCACCGUCCCCUCCGGGUGCCUCUCUCCAGGCCUGCAGGGUCACACGGGCGCCAGUGCUAUGGGUGAGGUGCACCCACAGGGGCCAGGAGGCGGCACUGGUCCCUCGCCAGCACCUGGUUUGGUUCCCCGGGUGAGUCGCGCUCUGCCCAGCUGUGCCGUGGCCCGCAAUGUGCAGGUGCUCUGCCUACAUCCCUGCCUCAUCUGCCCUGACUGCAAACCCAGGCGCCCCGACCCUCCCCGUUUCCAAGGCUGGAUGCUCGGAGGGGCCGAGGGGCUUCCUCAGGGCCCCUCAGAGCCUGCAAGCUCGCCUGUCCUCAUCCCGGAGCCCCAAGCCCUCGGUAACUGCGGUGGCCUGGUCUGCAGGACCCUCGGGCACUUACUGUGUGUCCUCACGUGGCUCUAAGUGGCCUUUCUCCUGGGGGAAGCACACCCCUUCUCCUUCCUCGGCCUGGGCCCUGAAUGGGCCCACACACAAGAACAAUCGAGCCCACAUCGUGCACAGCCCGCCAUUGAUAGGGACGAGAAUGGGGCAAGCGUGUUCCACGGCCCGAGGGAGGCUCACCGCACCGCCUUGUCCCGCUGCUGAAGGGCGCCUUGUGGUCCCCGAGGCUGGUCCCAGCGGCCCCGCCCAGGCUCGUCCCCGAGACUCCCCCUCCCCCGCGUCAGGACCGAGGCCCCUGCAGCAGAGGUCCCCGGAGGCGGCGAGGGCUGGGCCGGUGGGGUCCUGAGCGCCGUCCUCCCGCGGCCAGUGCGGGAGCGCAGCCCCGGGAGAGAAUUUCUCCGUGAGGCCGGAAAGAAGCACACCGUGUAAGAACCGGCUGGCCUUCAACAUUGGCGGUGGUGACCUUGCCCGGCGCCCAGGAGAUGCGGGUCCUCGGGGCGCGUCCCGCCCAGCGUCUCCGGGCUGUGCUGUGGGUCACAGCUCCUAGGCUCUGAGCAGCGUCUGCCGUGACGCCCACCGUGGCCCCCCCGCCCACGAGCGUUUGCUGCCAGAGCCCCCUCUGCUGCGCCCACCCGUGAGGAUGUGUGUCCCCGUCGGGGGGCUGCUGGCCACCCUGGCCACGGCGCUCGGGGUGGUGGUGGCGUUUGCUCCCGCCCCCAGGAUCACCUGGGAGCACAGAGAGGUGCGGCUGCAGAAGUUCCAUGAGCCGGGCAUCUUCAACUACUCCGUCUUGCUGCUGAGCGAGGACAAGAGCACCCUGUACGUGGGGGCCCGGGAGGCCGUGUUCGCCCUGAAUGCACUCAACGUCUCUGAGAAGCAGCACGAGGCAUAUUGGAAGGUCUCAGAAGAUAAAAAGGCAAAAUGUGCAGAAAAGGGGAAAUCGAGACAGACCGAAUGUCUCAACUACAUCCGCGUGCUGCAGCCGCUUGGCCCCGGUGCCCUGUACGUGUGCGGGACCAACGCCUUCCAGCCAGCCUGUGACCACCUGAACUUAACGUCCUUUCAGUUUCUGGGGAGAAGCGAGGAUGGCAAGGGCAGGUGCCCCUUUGACCCUGCACAGAGCUACACGUCCGUCAUGGUCGAUGGGGAGCUGUAUUCCGGGACGUCCUAUAACUUUCUGGGAAGCGAGCCCAUCAUCUCCCGAAACUCGUCCCACAGUCCUCUGAGGACGGAGUACGCGAUACCGUGGCUUAACGAGCCAAACUUCGUCUUUGCGGACGUGAUCCGAGAGAGCCCGGACGGCACGGACAGCGGGGACGACAGGGUGUACUUCUUUUUCACCGAGGUGUCCGUGGAGUACGAGUUUGUCUUCAAGCUGAUGAUCCCCCGGGUGGCGAGGGUGUGCAAGGGGGACCAGGGCGGUCUGCGGACCCUACAGAAGAAGUGGACGUCCUUCCUGAAGGCCAGGCUCAUCUGUUCCAGGCCGGACAGCAACCUCGUCUUCAACGUGCUGCAGGCCGUCUUUGUCCUCAGGGCGCCGGACCUGAAGGAGCCCGUGUUCUACGGGGUCUUCACCCCACAGCUGAACAACGUGGGGCUGUCAGCCGUGUGCGCCUACAACCUGUCCACGGCCGAGGCGGUCUUCUCCCGCGGGAAGUACAUGCAGAGCGCCACGGUGGAACAGUCCCACACCAAGUGGGUGCGCUACAACGGGGCCGUGCCCACGCCGCGGCCCGGGGCGUGCAUCAACCGCGAGGCGCGGGCGGCCAACUUCUCCAGCUCCCUGGGUCUGCCGGACAAGACCCUGCAGUUCGUCAAGGACCACCCCCUGAUGGACGGCUCCGUGACCCCAACAGACAACAGGCCCAGGCUGGUCACAGGCAACGUGAACUACACGCAGAUCGUGGUGGACAGGACCCGGGCCCUGGACGGGACCGUCUACGACGUCAUGUUCAUCGGCACAGACCGGGGCGCCCUCCACAAAGCUGUCAACCUUGAGAAUGACGCCCACAUCAUCGAGGAGACCCAGCUUUUCCGGGACUUCGAGCCGGUCCAGACGCUGCUGCUGAAUUCUGAGAAGGGCGGAAGGCUUGUGUAUGCGGGCUCCAGGUCGGGUGUGGUGCAGGCCCCCGUGGCCUUCUGCGGGAAGCACAGCACCUGUGAGGACUGCGUGCUCGCCCGCGACCCCUACUGCGCCUGGAGCCGGGAGGCCGCGGCCUGCGUGGCCCUGCCCCCGCACCAGACGGACGGCCCCAGCAGGACUCUGAUUCAGGAGAUGAGUGGAGACGCGUCCGCCUGCCCGGAUAAAAGUAAAGAAAGUUUCCGGCAGCAUUUUUUCAAGCACGGCGGCACAGCGGAACUCAAAUGCUCCCAAAAGUCCAACCUGGCCCGGGUGGUGUGGAAGUUCCGGGACGGCGUGCUCGACGCCGACGGCCCCAAGUACAGCCUGGUGGGCAGGAAGCACCUGCUCAUCUUCAACCUGUCGGAGGGGGACAGCGGCGUGUACCAGUGCCUGUCGGAGGAGCAGGUCCGCAACGGGACGGUCCUGCGGGUGCUGGCCAAGCACGUGCUGGAGGUGAAGACGGCCCCGAGGGCCACAGAGGCCCCCGCCUCGCCGGGCGCCCGGACGGAAGGCGGGAGGACCACCGCCCGAGCGGUGACGGAGUCCGCCCGCGGCCCCCCCGCGCAGACCUCCGCCGCGCGGGUCCCCGUGCCCGGGGCCGUCGCCCCGCCGCCCAGCCCCGCGCCCACGGGCACGUCCUGCGAACCGAAGAUCGUCAUCAACACGGUCCCCCAGGUGCACUCGGAGAAGACGAUGUAUCUGCAGUCCAGCGACAACCGUCUGCUCAUGUUCCUCUUCCUCCUCUUCUUCCUGCUGUGCCUCUGCCUCGUGUCCUACAACUGCUACAAGGGCUACCUGCCCGGGCAGUGCCUGAAGUUCCGCUCCGCCGUGCUGCUGGGGAAGAAGCAGCCCGUGGCGGACUUCUCCGAGUUCGAGCAGAGCGCCAAGGAGACGCUGGUGGAGCCGGGCAGCUUCUCCCAGCAGAACGGGGGGCAGCCGCGGCCGGCCCUGGACACGGGCUACGAGACGGAGCAGGACACCAUGGCCAGCAGGGUGCCCACCGACAGGGAGGACUCGCAGAGGCUGGACGACCUCCCGGCCAGGGACGGGCCCUUCGACGUCAAGUGUGAGCUGAAGUAUGCCGACUCGGACGCCGACGGGGACUGAGUCACCGCCGGGAGCCCGCGUCAGCACGCCUGUCCUGUGUCUUGUCUCUUGCGUCGAGCUUGUGAUUUGGUCUUCGUCCUUUCGGAAAACGGCGAGCAUCGCACCCCGGUCCCCCGCCGGGCCGCGGCGUGAGACGCCCCCGCGGGCGGCGCGUGGGGCCGGGCUGUCCCCGGCCCGCGGACGCUCGCUCGCGCCUGGAGCGUCCCCUUCUCAGAGCAGCCACUGAAAGAUCCUUGAAUUCCAGAUUGGAAAUGACGUUUUUGUUUAUCAGAUUGGUAACUUAUCGCCUGUUGUCCAGAUUGGCACGAACCUUUGCUUCCCAGGAAUUAUUUUUUAUGGUUUUGCUUUUCUCGUGUUAGGUCGUUUCUGUUUUAAAUCACCGAAGCAGACGUUCCAAUAUUGUGAAGAUGUGCAUCUUCCAGGUUUUGUUGUACGUUAGGGGAAAGAUACAGCUUACGUUGCUUACGAUUCUCAGGGAUAAACUUACUUUGGGUAAAUGUGUUCCCUACCUUUUAGACACGUAGACGAAACCAUCUCUUGAGCACACAUUUUUUUUUUUUUUUUUUUUUAAUUUUAUUCCUUGAGGGAAGCAUCCUUUUCAGAGAGAUUUUCUUUCUGUGGUUUUUUCUUCCCCCCUCUUGUUUUAACUCUUUCAAAGAACAGAAGACGGUGGAAGGCUGGCCCGUGAACCAGGCGGGGCCUUGAGCGCGGGUCGGCGGAGCCGGCUGGCCCCGAGCGGAGGGAGCGUGCGUUUUGCCAUCGGAGGCCCACGGCCACGGCUUGAAACCUCCCGUGCAGAUGGACGGACGGACGUUCACCGGGCAUCCGCAGUCACGUCUGGCUUCUGUCUCCCGUCCACCGCCCACCCGGACGACCCGCUCGGCCGAACCGAGCUGUCCACGCCUUCCGGCAAGCAGGACCGCGGUGGCCGGACUGGCCUGUGUCCCCACGAGGCCUGGCGGCUUGCGACCCCACGCCCCACGGCCCCGCGUGGCCCGGCGCUGUCUUCGAAGGUGCGAGUGGGCGAGACGGUUCAAUCUCCACCUGUUGCUUCCCGUGCGCCGAGAAGGCUCUCUUUCCCGUGGCGAGGAGCAGUGACCUCUGGAUCUGUGUGCCUGCGUGGACAGUGUUGUCUUAAGCAUGAUAGGACUCGACUGUUGUGGUGUACACAUUUGUGUUUUAUAAGAUUUCCUUUGUUUUUAUUUUUCUACUUUGAAUUGUAUACAUUUGAAAAGUAACCGAAUAAACGAGCAGCUUAUAUCCUC